AUGUCGAGCAAAGUACCUCUUAAGGAGAUUAUCAAACCGUUGGUAAACAUUAUCUAUGAAUUGAAGGAGGAAAAUGGUCUUGAGAUUCAUCCUAUCUUUCAUCUCUUGCCACCACGUCGCGACUAUCCUGAUUAUUAUCAGAUAAUUGAACAUCCAAUUAGUUUGAGCACCGUUAGGAAGCGUAUGACUCAAUAUAAGAAUCCACAAGAGUUUAUAAACGACUUGGCGAGGGUGACAUGGAAUGCCAGGGUCUAUAAUACUAAAGACUCAGAUGUGUAUCAUUACGCAGUGAUAUUGGAUAAGUGUGUUAGAGAGACCAUCAUACCAAGCUUGAAGAAAGAUUUCCCCAAUGUGAGAUAUCCAUAUUUGGGACCAUUACCAGAUGAAGCUCCUCUCGAAGGCGUUGAAAUUGAGGAACCAGAGAAGCAACAGAAAGCGCUACCUAAACCUAAACCAAUGGCGGAAAGCCCUUCGCCUGUAUCUAAUAGUACUUCUUCAAAGACACUGCCAUUGAGUAGCCUGAAUGAGACUCCUACAAAGGAUACAUUGAGGACUGGAAGAUCGUUAACGGGGCUCGAAAAUAUUCCUUUGACACGUUCCCCUGGCGGAUUCCGUACUACUGAAGAAGAAUACAGACUAGCUGCUAAUAGGAAAGAGGCUGAAAAUAGAAGUAGCAGUGAAGAUACUGGAACUGGUGCUAGGAAGGCGAACACGCUCACUAAGAUUCGUUUGUCACAAAUGUCCCCUCCCAUCAUCAACACAUCGAAAUCUUCUACUCCAACCCCACUUGCAAACAAGUCCCAUGUGGAGAAGAAGACACAUAUGAAGCGUGGUAGACCUCCGGUCAUCGACUUACCUUAUGAGCAACGUAUCAAAAAUGUAUUGAAAGGGAUGAAAAAAGAGGUGACCCCUGAUGGAAAGGACCUCAUAGCAUCAAAGUUUGAGAGAUUGCCCGAUGAGGAACGUGAACCUCAAUACUACAGUGUUAUAUCGGAUCCUAUCUCUCUAGAUGAUAUUAAGAAAAAAGUGAAGCAAAGGAAAUACAAGGAUUUCCAGAAAUUCCAAGAGGAUGUCAUGUUAAUGUUGAAUAAUUACAGGAUGUAUCAUAGAACUCAACCUACGGAGCUAAGAAGAGCAGCCGACUUCGAAACUUUGUUCAAUGCCCACUGCCAACACGAAUUAUCAAGACCAGAUAUCGAUUUCAUGACCGAUGGUGAAUUGAAGUACCCAUUAGAAACCGUUGAAGUCAAUGGCAAAUCAUAUAAAAUCGGUGAUUGGAUUUUACUCCGUAAUCCAAAUGAUGAAACUAAACCAACAGUAGCACAAAUAUUUAGGCUUUGGUACACGUCUGAUGGAACCCGUUGGUUAAAUUGUUGUUGGUAUUUGAGACCAGAACAGACGGUGCAUCGUGUGGACAGGUUAUUCUAUAAGAAUGAAGUCGUAAAAUCAGGUCAGUACAGAGAUCAUUUGGUUGAAGAAAUCGUCGGAAAGUGUUAUGUGUGUCACUUUACCAGAUUUCAACGUGGAGAUCCUGACGUGCCUAUUGAGGGACCUCUAUUCGUUUGCGAAUAUCGUUAUAAUGAAACAGAAAAGGUGUUUAAUAAGAUUAGAACUUGGAAAGGUUGUUUACCAGAAGAAAUUCGUGAAAUAGAAGAUCCUACCAUUCCUGUUGUUGGAAGAAAGUUCUAUAAAUACGAAUCGCCAAUUAAACAUUUGUUACCACCAAAUGCAACAGUGAAUGACCCAUUACCUCAACCCACAGAAGGUGCAGUGAAUGCUCCACCAUUGGUGGGUGCAGUUUAUUUACGUCCUAAAUUGAGAAGAGAUGACCUUGGUGAGUAUUCGACAUCAGAUGAUUGCCCCAGAUACAUAAUCAGACCUGGUGACCCACCACCACCAGGUAAAUAUGAUGACGAAACUGGUACUGUUAUUACAAACCAACACCCAGGCACGACAGUACCAAGAGGACCACACCGUUUAUCUUCUCUAACAAGAAAUAUGCAGCAAACACCCAUUACUACUCGCCAGUCCAGACCCACUCAAUAUUACCCUCCACCAGUUACAAAAGGCCAACAUCCUAGUCCACCAUUACCACUACCACCUCAUCAGCAAAUGAUGCAAAAGCACCAACAGCAACAGCAGCAGCAAUUACAGCAACAUUUAAUGUUGCAAUCUCAGCAAGCAGGGAACCAGGUUCAAGUGAAAAGUUCUGGAUCUGGAUCUGGAUUUGCUGAGGGCUCGAAACCAAUACCAUAUCGUUCGACAGCUAUCAUCAAUGAUCUCAUCUCGCAGAUGAAGGCACCGGGUGCACCAAAUGCAAAUGUGUCUGUAGAUGCACCAGCAGCUGCUAUAUUGCCUAUACCAUUGACUAAAAAUAUCGAAUUGUUACAAAGAGCAGACUAUAACAGCCAAAUACGAAGAUUAGGGAAAAAUAACGUGCCUAAAAGAAGAAGAGCUAAAGGUGAGGUUAUAUGGUUCAAAGGACCCAGUGUCGUUGUAUCAGAAAGACUAAUAAACUCUGGAACUGAGACUCCACUGAAUAGAUGGUUUAAGAAGCAAAAGGUUGAAAAGUCUGAGCACGAAAAGGAAGGUGCACAAGCUACAAGUACCGAAGACAAUGAAGACGAAACUGAGAUUUAUCCAGGAUCCUUCCCUAAGGGAUUAAGACCCAGCUUGGAAUACAUGGCAUUCAAGCUACGCCAACAACAAGCACAAGAAACUCAGGUCAUCUCUCCAUAG